AUUUUGUAUUCAAAAUGACACAACAAAUUUGUUCAGUGUAAAUGGUUCUGAUUAUUGUCUUUGUUUGAAGAGACCCGAGUUCAAACUCUAAUGUUAAUAUUUUAAAUGUGAGAUAAAUAAUUAAUUGUAAAGACAAAAAUAUCAUUCCUAUUUUUACUCUCGUAACAGAAAAUUUGAAAUAAAGAAAAUUACAAAGUGUACUAUGUAUUAUUGGUUUGUUUUAGCGCGUCUUGCGAAUUACCCGAAACACCCCUGCCCGGCUGCCCCAAAAUAUAAAAUUCGCCUAUACAGCACUUGUCUCUUUCCUCUCUUCAUUACCAUCACCACCACUGCUACUCUCUUCACUCUCUCUCUCCUCUUCCUCCGCCACAAUGCGGCCGUCGGCGGCGUCCCUCCUCCUCCUAGCUCCGCUCCUCCUCCUCUUCCCCUCCACCUCCACCGCCCACAACAUCACCAAGCUCCUCGCCAGCCACCCGGAGUUCUCCACCUUCAACCACUACCUCACCCUCACCCAGCUCGCCGACGAGAUCAACCGCCGCAUCACCAUCACCGUCUGCGCCGUCGACAACGCCGCCAUGGACUCCCUCCUCGCCUCCCGCCCCUCCAUCUCCACCGUCAAGAACAUCCUCUCCCUCCACGUCCUCCUCGACUACUUCGGCCCCAAGAAGCUCCACCAGAUCUCCAACGGCACCGCCCUCGCCGCCACCCUCUUCCAGGCCACCGGAUCCGCCCCCGGCUCCUCCGGAUUCGUCAACAUCACCGACAUCCGCGGCGGCAAGGUCGCCCUCGGACCAGAGGACAACGGCGGCUCCCUCGACGCCUUCUUCGUCAAGGGGGUCGAGGAGUUGCCCUACAACAUCUCCGUCAUCCAGAUCAGCAAGAUCCUCCCCUCCGCCGUCGCCGCCGCGCCCACUCCUUCCCCCGCCGCCAUGAAUUUGACCGGCAUUAUGUCGGCGAGCGGAUGUAAGGUCUUCGCCGACACUCUCCUUGCCUAUCCCGAUGCUUCCAAAACCUUCCAGGAAAGCAUCGAUGGAGGAUUGACAGUGUUCUGCCCCAUGGACGACCCAUUCAAGGCCUUCCUGCCCAGAUUCAAGAACCUGACCGCGGCGGGGAAGGUCUCGCUGCUCGAAUUCUUCGGGGUCCCGGUGUACAUGUCGAUGCCGAUGCUGAAAUCCAACAACGGCGUGAUGAACACCCUGGCCACCGACGGGGCCAGCAAGUUCGACUUCACGGUGCAGAACGACGGGGAGCAGCUCACCCUGAAGACGAAGAGCACCACCGCCAAGGUCACGGGGUCGAUCUUCGACGAGCAGCCACUCGCGGUGUACACGAUCGACAAGGUCCUGCUGCCCAACGAGCUGUUCAAGGACGCUCCUUCGCCGACCCCGGCACCAGCGCCUGCCCCGGCUGCGGACGCGCCCAAGUCGAGCAAGAAGAAGAAGAGCAAGUCGCCGCCUUCUUCGGAUGGUGAUGCUGACUCCCCAGCGCCGGCUGAUGGGCCGGAGGCUGAUUCGGAGGAUCAGGAGGCUGCAGAUGACAAUGCUGCUCUCAGCAGGCUUGCAGGUGGUAAGCAGGUGGUGCUGAGCUUGUGUCUAGGGCUGGUGAUGGUGUUGCUGUAGCUGCAACCGGUUGCAAUGUACUAUCUGUUGGUGUACUCAUGGAAAGGAAUUGAAUUUUUUGGGUUAUUUGUUGAGGGCAGGGGAAUAAGUGAAGGUAGAACUGCAAUGGAGCCUAUUUUGUUGCUGCUCAUUUGGAGGAGGGAGGGGGUAUUUAUGUGCCAUUUUGUUCUGGUUUUGUGUUAGGGUUUGUGGGGGAGAGUCUGCUUGGUAAUGGAGAUGAUCUUCUAUUCUUGCCUUUCUGAGUAGCAGAUGGCAAUGGUAGUGAAGUUCUUUGGUUGAGAGGGUUUUGUAUUUAGUUGUUUCAUAAAAUAUACUAUUCGGCGUGCAAUAGUUGACGCCCAAUUCGCGAGCUAGAAAACAUGGUCUAGUGAUAAUAUCUCUAGUGUUAAACUUGGCAUUCCAAGUUGGUACUCCUUCAAAUAACACCUAAU